GUCGUCUGUUUACAUCUGGCAGGGAUAAGUUUGCCGGCGUGGCUGAGUGUCAGUUACUGCGAGCGACUUAUGAGAGAGGUGUUUUGCAAUGGCAAGUUUCGGAAUGUGUCGCAAAAGAAUAUGUCCCAUCUUGUUGAUAUUCUUCUUACACACAGUUGUUGGAGAUUCGGGGUUACCAAAGUCAGAAGCCCCACUAACCGUAUCACCCCGGAACUGUCGAGUUUGGGGGCCGGGACUGAAAUCAGAGUUUUUUCUGCCGGUGAGAUAUUUCUACAUUGAAGCUGUCGACCAGUUCGGAGAAAGGUUUUCAGAUUCAGUUGGAGAAAAAGCUUUUGCUGUGACUAUACAUACGAAGUCGAAUGAUCGAGUGCGUGUGUGGACACAGGUUCUGGACCGGCAUGAUGGGUCGUACAUUGUCAGGUAUCGCAUGUAUGAGUCCCCCAUGGAUCUGGAGAUAGAUGUCUUACACCAAGGAAGACAUGUGGCUGAUUCACCGUACACCCUGAAAGGUAUGGUGUACCAUGAGAAGUGUGACUGUCCACAGCCCGACCUUGACCAGUGGUUCAAGGACAUGGACUGUCCAAGUAGCUACAGACAAAUUAAACAGGACUUGGGGAUCUUCCAGGACAUUGACUUCAAGAAGGUUGCCAAGGAAGCUGUAGAGAGGUUCAGUGAUGCUGGCAGGCACAGCAUCUGUCAUUAUAAAAUAAUCAAUAACAAGAUUUACAGGAAGACCUACGGGGAACAUGUAGGCUUCAAGAUGUUUUCAGAUGCACUGCUCUUGUCUUUGACACGCAAGGUCAAACUUCCUGACAUGGAAUUUAUCAUGAACUUUGGUGAUUGGCCACUGGAGAACAGGAGGUUGAGCGAAAAUCCCAUCCCAAUAUUUUCCUGGUGUGGGUCAGAUGAUACUCGAGAUAUCGUGAUUCCCACGUAUGAUAUCACUGAAGCCACGCUGGAAAUGAUGUCACGAGUGACGCUAGACAUAUUCUCUGUCCAAGGCAACACUGGCCCCAGGUGGAGGGACAAGUCAAACGUGGCCUUCUGGAGGGGACGGGACAGCAGGGAGGAGAGACUGCAGCUGGUGGAGAUGGCCAAGCAGCACCCCAACAUGAUCAACGCUUCACUCACAAACAUGUUCUUCUUCCCCAAGGAUGAGGAGAAGUAUGGCAAGAUUGUCAAACCUGUGUCCUUCUUCAGUUUCUUUGAGCACAAGUACCAGCUGAACUUGGACGGGACUGUGGCUGCCUACCGCCUGCCGUAUUUGCUGGCUGGUGACUCCACAGUGCUGAAACAAAACUCCCACUACUACGAACACUUCUACAGAAACCUGGAACCAUAUGUUCACUAUGUGCCUUUCAAGAGAGAUCUCAGUGACCUCAUGGAGAAGUUAAAGUGGGCAAGGGAACAUGACAAGGAGGUACAAGAGAUUGCCCAUAAUGCUCAGGAGUUUGUUCUGUUACAGGUACAAGAGAUUGGCAUCAGCUGGCUCCCGUGGACAUUUUUUGCUACCACACAAAAUUGUACAGCGAAUACUCCAAAUUAUUGAAAAAUAAACCAAAGAAGGACAAGUCUUUUGAGCUGGUAGA